AUGUCUUCGCUAUAUGUUGCACCAAGGCGCCUCGGCGCUCCCCUAUCAAGGGCAUUCAACAAGAAUGAGCCUAGGAGAUUCAUCAGCAACAUGCUCAACACACCAGAGUCCCACCACGCGUUGAUGAGCGCGCCACCAGCCGCCGAACCACCGGCGCUUUCACGCAUGCCCACAACGACUCUCAUCCGCUCUCUCCUCCUCACAUCCUGCAUGUCCUCGGAAUGGAUCAUGCGCCCAUCACUAGCCAUCAUGAAUCUCAUCGUCAAAUCUAAAUCACCACUACUUAACCCCGACAAGAACCCUAUCCUCAACAAGAUCUUGCGAUGGACCAUCUACGACCAGUUCUGUGCUGGCACGAACCGCCAAGAGGUCGCGCGAUCAGUCGCCGAGUUCAAGAAGUUUGGGUACCAGGGAAUCAUCUUGAACCACGCCAAGGAGAUCGUCCUCAGUGCCGAUGCUGCCAAGGCAAUCGAAGCCGAAGGCGAGAAGCAGUACGCGCCGGAGUGCUAUGAGAUGAUCACCAAGUGGAAGGAGGGCACCCUCUCCACCCUGCCAAUGCUCGAAAAGGGAGAUUUCCUCGCUCUCAAACUCACUGGUGCCGGCCCCAUCGCUGUGGACGCUCUCCGCGCCCAGAAGCCCAUCCCCGCCGCCAUUCAAUCCGCCCUUGACGAGAUCUGCCACGCCACUGCCGCCCAGGGCUCGCACCUCUGGAUCGACGCCGAGCAACAGGUUCUCCAACCAGGCGUCGACGAGUGGACCAUCGCCCUGAUGCGCAAGCACAAUGCCGGUCUCUCCGCACCGCUCGUCUUCAACACGAUCCAGGCUUACCUCAAGGCGUCCAAGGCCAACACGGACCGUCACAUCCGGCUCGCCGCGGCUGAAGGCUGGGCUGUCGGCAUCAAGCUCGUGCGCGGCGCCUACAUCGAGCACGAGACGCGCUCCCUGAUCCACGACACCAAGGAGGAGACCGACGCCAUGUUCGACGACAUUGCCGACAUGCUCCUGACGCAGCGCAUGCCCGACGGCUGCGCCCCAGACGCCAAGUUCCCCGCCGCCGCGCUGUUCCUGGCCACGCACAACGGGCCGAGCACCAUGCUCGCCCUCAAGACGCAGAUGAAGAGGGUGCGCGCCGGCCUGCCGACGGCGCGCCUUGAGUGCGGCCAGCUCGUCGGCAUGGCGGACGAGCUGAGCUGCGAGCUCGUGCAGAACUACGAGAAGUGCACGCGCGAGGGCACAAUGAGUGCCGCCGAGGUGCCCAAGGCGUUCAAGUACAUGGCCUGGGGGUCCGUGUCCGAGUGCCUGGGCUACCUGCACCGCCGGGCCAUCGAGAACAAGGGUGCUGUCGAGAGGACACAUCAGAUGGUGGAUGCGCUGCGUAAGGAGCUGUGGCGCCGGGUCGUUGGUUAA